AUGGGCCCAGCGGGAAAAGAUUCACGAUCAAAGCAAGACAAUUCAAGGUAUGAUCAUAGAUCGAGGAAUAGUGAGUCAGGUUCAUCCUCAAGGUUUGGGAACAAUCGAAACAUGCGAGAGACGCGAGACGAUGAUAGAAACUUGAAGGCAAGAUUCGGCGGUUACAAUUUUAAUAUCAGCACUUCCGAGCUCGUAGCUGUUUUAAGAAGCAUGGGUGAUAAGGUGCAGUGGACAAAGGAAAUGAGAUCAAAUCCAAAUAGACGUAAUCCUGAUCACUGGUGUGAGUUUCACAAUGAUCAUGGUCAUAAAACAGCAGAUUGUAGACUGUUACAAGGUGAGGUGGACCAUUUAUUAAAGCAAGGGUAUCUUACCGAACUAUUUAGCGAAAAGGGUAUGCAAGCAUACAUGAAGAACAGGCAGGAGCCGCCCAAACCCCCUUCUCCGAAAAGGACCGUUAAUGUUAUAAGUGGAGGCGAAGAAAUUAACGGCGUGACAUAUACAGCAGCCAAGAAAAUUUCUAAAGUUACAGUUACACACGGGAAGCGGGUUCGACAUGUUCUGGAGGAAGAAAGUAUUACAUUUGAUGAUGCAGACGCGGACGGUAGUUCCGUGAACAUUAUUUUGCUAAGAGUACUAAAUGAGAUGCAAGUAGAAGAUAGACUGGUACCUAAGGCACAUACCCUGUCCGGCUUCGAUAAUUCGAGCGUAGUGACAAAAGAAGAAGUAACACUUACAACAUUCGCAGAAGGAGUGGUAAAAGAAAUGAAGUUUCAGGUGGUAGAGAUGGAAAUGGCUUACAAUUAA